UACUUGGAGGGGUGGAGGUGCCACUGCAGAAGCCCACACGGCCUCUUAUAGCAGUGGCACGCAUUGUCCCUGACUACACAAACAACAGUCAGUCCCAGAAGCCACCCGGUGUGUGUGGGGUGUCCCCGGUCACUGUCAUGUUUCCAGAGACAUCUGUUUCCUCUUUUGAGAUUCCUUCAACAGCCACCCAGGGUCACCCACAGAUCUCACCUCCUGGUCUUCCCCCAUUGCAACCAGUUUGGAACACCUCAUUCCUGUUUCAAGGACGAGAUGGAGUUACCCUCUUCAGUGAAGGGGCUGCCCUGGUCCUGGAGUAUUACCCUCUCACUGCCGAUUCUGAAAAAAUCCCAUGGAACCUAUCUGACUAUUGUGGGUUCUCUGUGGUGCCUUUGGAUACUGAGGUCUAUCACCAACUUGUGGAAAAUAUUGAUAACCAAGGAUACACCAUGAAAAGUGUAACAGUACAGGGUACAGAUCUGAGAGCUGCUACAGGUGACUUCCCCACAGUGUCCCUACAACUGCUACUUCUGAGAUCUGAGCAUCCAGAACUGUUUCUGAGUCCACUAAAGGAAAGGAACCUGAAUGAAUGGGGCCCACAAAAUGACCAAACCCCAAAGCUCAGACAAAGCUUCAUAGACACUUCUCAUAAAGAAGAGCAGUCUGAAUCAUUUCCAUUGAAGGAAACGGCCCACAAUGGAUCAGGACCACACAGGGACCAGACUAUAACACCCAGACAUGGCUUCAUAGGCACCGCACAUAAAAAAGAAAUACUAAUAAACGGACACUCACUACCACCCCAUAAUGCUGUGGCUGACAUACUACCUGACCCCAGGGGCCAGAAAAUGCAAAGAGACCAGAAUAUGGCAGAUCCUGAAGUGCUCCGUACAAAUCCUCCAGCUGACUCAUACAAAUACAUAAGUAAUGACCUAGAGCUGCCAGCAGAUCCUGUAAUGGCCCAUCAGGAACAGGAACUGGCCAACUACCGUCUUGCUAUGCAGCGGAUGGCUGAUGAUAUCAUCACUCUACGGCGUCAGCUGGGCAGCUUGGAAGCAGAGAACAGUACUCUACGGAGUGAGAGGAGUUUGCACCAGGAUCUAGGGAGAAGCUUACUGAGUGAUACAGAUUUGGAUGUUAUGACAAAGGCUGAGCUUGCUGACCGCCUAGUAACUCUGAAACAAAAGUUGGCUGCAGAGACCGCAGAGCUCCGGGGGCUAAGGGACAGGAUCCAUCAGUUGCAAAAUGAGCUGGUUAGGAAAAAUGAUCGUGAGAAGGAACUGCUCCUACUGCAAAGAGCUCACCAACAGCAGCAGACGGUUCUGCGUCAGUACCACGAGCGGCUUAGCCGGGCCAAGACCUUACAGGACACUGUCCGCAAGCAGGAAAAGGUUAUUGAGAAAAUGGAAAAAUUACUGGACAAUAAACUGAGGGAAGAGAAAAAAAUCAGAUCAGAUCGAGGACAGAAAGGAAGUCGAACAGAGUCACUGCAGGGGGAGAUUCAUGCUGCUUUACUAGCAGAGAAUUCACGACUGAGAGAGGAGCUGGAGAAAUCCAGGCAACCAGCAAUAACUCUACCGCCAAUUCCUCAGAACACAUUCUCUGACAGUGAAAAGUUUUCCCUUCUUAGCAAACUGGAGAAAUCUCAGGCAAGAGUACAGAGUCUGGAACGGGAGCUAGAGGAAGCGGCAAGGCACUGGGGCCGUGAGAAGCAGCAGCUUUUAACCUGUCUAUCAGAGCAGGAAAUGGGAUUUAGCCGCACUCACACUACCAUUUUGCAUCAUGUGCCUACGAAAGAGUCAAAUCUUCCCACAAGAAGACAUGCCAAACUGGAUCCUUUGAUAUGAAUGGGUAGCUGCAGAGUAAAAAACUCUAAGCAUCAAGGCGUUUGUAUAGUUACAUACAGGGGCGUAACUACAGGGACUCAAAGGUCUCAAUUUAGACCAGGCCCACACCUCUAGGGUUCCCAUCUGACUCUGCAAAUGGUAGUACCUGGGCUCCACCUGCAUCAUGUCCUACCUUCCUGUGUGUCACCAUAGGAAAAGCAAGUUCUGCUCAUUGCAAACAGACAGAAAUGGCACUUUUGAAAUGAGGGCACCACAAUGCCUUUUGCCCUGGGGCCCAAUGUGAUCUAGUUACGCCCCUGGUUAUUAUGUUUGUGCAACAUUCUCUACCAGUGAAGACCCAACACCACCACAGGAUCUAGCAGCAGAUAGAAUUCUAACUUGAUCUGAUCUUGUUCUGAAGUAAUAGCUACGUACUAUUGUCUAUCUCUUUUUUUUAAGCAGUUAACCAGUUGCAAUGAAAAAUUAAUAUUUAUAUAUUUUUGAUAAAAUAACAUAAUAAAGUAAGGCUAUGUGGUUAAUUACAUAAAAAAGCACUUUUAAUGUUAUAAAAUGCUUGAGCAUAACUACAUAUGGUAUAAAAUUGUAUGUUUCAUAAUAAAUUUGAAACGCCUUUAUUGGAUGCUUCCAAACAUGAAAGCCAAGAA